UCAUAAGAAUUUGUGAACACCAAACACGUGUGAAUUCCAUGUGUAAAAAGAUAUCAGCUUCGCCAACGAUUACUUUGUGGUCAGAGAGUGAAAUAACCAUUUACAAUUGCUGCUGUUGAAAUGACGAAGAAGAACAAGAAGAAUUUGGAUAGUAUUUCCAGUUCUAAAGAAUCCUUAAAUGAAGAUGGAACUAAGCGAAAACGGAAACAUGAAAGAAAUGAUACAGUUGCCAUGGAAACCUCAAAAAAAGAUGAUGAAUAUGACAAUUCUUUUAGAUCAAGCAGUAAAAAGAAAAAAAAGCGAAAAGAACGUGGAGAAGAAAUGAAGAUUAUCGGUGUCAUACAGAAAGAAAAUAAAAACAUCUCUGAUCUUGGAAGCCAGGAUUUAGUUUCAGAAGCUAGUAUUAGCUCGAAGAAAAAGAAAAAGAAACAAAUGGAUGAAGAUGUGAGUAAAAAAGCAGUUAAUUCUGACAAAAAGUCUAAAAAGUUAACAACGCAAGACCAUGCUGAUUUAGGAAAUGAAGAAUCUGGAAAUGAACAAAAGAAAAGCAGGAAAAAGAAGAAAAGAAAAAGCAGCAAGGAUGAUACAAAUAAUACCAUACAAAAUGAUGUGGAAUCUCAAAAUAUUGGAGAAAAAAAGCAAGAUAAAAAAUCUAAAAAAAAUAAACAUCUCCAAGAAGUAUUCGCAGAAGAUGGGUCUGUGAAUGACUCCAGUGCCUGUCAUGAUAUGGUUGAGGAAUCAAAGAAAAGCAAAAGAAAGACAGAAAAAGAUAAAAAGUCUUCUGAAAAACGAAAAAGAAAACAGGACCAAAAUGAAGAUCUGAAAUUGUCCCAAAUUGAUGCAGAAGACAUUCAUUCUGGUACAUUAUGCAAAAAGAGAAAGAAGAAAAAGAGAGAAAAGAUGUCUGAAGAAGAAAGAAUAGGAAAGCAACAAAAAAAUGAGAAAAAGAAUUAUCAGGGAUGUGAUCAAGUUGAGAUGAAUACAAAAAAGAGAAAGUAUGAUCCUGGUGAUGGGGAUGAUAAUGCUUUCCAAAAGAAUGCCUGCGUCAUGGCAACAGAAGAAAAGAGGGAAGUUGAAAAGAUACUGAACCCGAAGAAAAAGAAAAAAAAGAGCAAACAUAAAGAUGAACCCGAGGUGGACCAACUGAAAAUUAGAGCUCCAAAUAAUACAGAUGAAAAAUUAAAGAAAAAUAAGAACGAUGCAAUAAAAUCCGAGACAGUUGAGAAUUCAUUGAAUGGUAAAGAUAAUAAGAUGAAGAGUAAUACGUCAAUGGGGCAGUGGAGCUCAGCUACUUUUGACACAUCACAACAACAGAAUAAAUUCUUCAGACUCAUGGGGGGAAUGAAGAACCAACCCUCAACUAAAGAUCCUCAGAAUGCAACUUCAAGAUCAAAUUUCGCUCUGAAUAAAACCAUGGCAACAAAGAUGAAUGAAAAACUUGAAAAACAGUUUGAAGUUGCCAUGGAAAAGAAAUGGGAUAUAAAAAAAGGUUUCGGCCUUGGUUAUUCUGCUCCGGAAUCUGUGAACAAAUCUAAGAAAUUUUAUAUUGAUAAGAAUGCGGUGAAAUCAUUUAAGUUUGAAGACUGAAUUGUGUUCAUUUUCAAUUGUAUGUAUCUUAAAUAUGUUAAUGUAUAAUUAUAGCAAUAAUUACCAGGCUUGUUUAUUCAUUUAUGUGACUUUCAACUAAGCUUAUUAGAUCUGGUAGCUCAAACAAUAAAACUUGUGAU